AUGACCCCGCCAACGUCAUCGCCUUUGCGCCCCAUCAUCCUCGACAGCUUCGACAACGACGACGACGAUGAAGACGUCCGUGCUAGUCCGUCUCGACAUCGCGCAACGAGGUCAAGCUUUGCCGCGUCGCCCUCCACUGCUCGCUCCCUCCAAGCUGCUCAAAAUGCAUAUACCUUCACACAAAGUAGUCAGAAGCUCGUUUCAACCUUUGCCUCGCUCGUUUCGCGUCGUGACAUCAAACCGUCCGCCUUCGGAGCGCAGCCUUCACUCCCAAGCACUCUGCACAGCCUGCGCACACGACGAGCGCAUCUCGCCAGUCACGGCCUGUCCUCAUACCCCCGCCACGUGUCCGCAGCACGCACGCCCACAAUUGACACAACCUCCUUCCUGGAAACCUUCGUGUCUCCUUCAUCAUGCGUCACCCAGAUCCCGCGUAGCUCCGACGACGAAAUCCUGUCGCACCCCAUCUGCGCCUCGUACAGCUAUUCCUCGCGCUCGGUCAAUCCCUCAUCCCAGUGGCUUGCCGUGGGAGACGAUGAGGGCCGCAUCACGCUCGUCAACACAUUGGUGUCGCAUGAUGUGUGUGCCGCCGAGCCGUUGUACCCCCAUCCGCAAUGGCAAGCCUCUUCGUCCUCGGCCAUCUUUGAGCUCGCCUGGAGGUUUGACGAUCGCAGCAUCCUAUCCGGUGCCAGCGACUUUUCGAUCCGCAGCUGGGAUACCGAAUAUCAGAAGUGUACCGCCAAAUUUGACGGGCACAGGGGCAGUCCACGGACAAUCGUGUACGACCCAACCACGAACGGAGAUGGUGGAUGUGGUAUGGUUUUCGCCAGCGCGGGAAGGGAUGGGACGAUCAGGAUCUGGGAUGCUAGGUGCAGCUCGCGUAGUCACAUGCUCGGUGACGAUGACGAGGAGGAUGAAUCUGUUGGUAUCACACCCGUGCUCACGAUCGAUGCUGCACACCGGGCGACAUCUCAAGCUGCGUGCUUGAGCGCCACCAAAGGUCGAAAGCAGUCGCGCAACGGUGCUGCUGCUGUCGGAUUUGCAAGAGGACGGAAGCGUCUUCAAUCGCAGCCUUUGCCCGCCGGCAUCACCGCGCUGUCCUACCUCCCCGACGGCCAGGGCCACAAGCUGCUCAGUGGAGGCUCUGCCAACGGCAUCAUCAAGUGCUGGGAUCUUCGCCACGUGCGCUGCAGUCCCGUCUCCCAGGUUGACACCCAACCCGCGCUCGACAACCCCUACUCAUCCAUGUGGGACACACCAGAUGUAUCCUUGCUCGCACCUUCGAGCAGCUUUGCCCGAGCACACGGCGUCUCGCAGAUCCUCUCCUCCUCCACCCGCCUCUACGCCUCCUGCACCGGUGGCAAGAUCUACUCGCUACCGCUCUCGACGUUCCUCGACUCGCACCUCAAGGCGAGCGAGGUGCAGACGCUCUACGACCCGGUGCAAUGUCAGAACACGCUGUUUUCGCGCAUGGCGCUGUUCGACGAUCGGUUUUUGGCUGUGGGCUGCAAUACGGGCAACGUCGCGUUGUGGGAUGUCACUGCCCCGCGACCUGUGCAGCCGCAACUCAAUGUACAGAGAGGUGGGGGGGCGGAGAAGGAUACGGAAGAGGAGAGGAGAGCGGCGAGGCGGUUGGAGGUGGGGUUUGCGCAUAGAUCGUCGCACCAGCGGAGCAUGGCUGUGCUGACCGAGGGUCAUGUCAAGAACACCGAGGUCAACGCGGUGGCUUGGGCCAAUGGGCCUAUGGGACCGACACUGAGCUCCGUGGGCGACGAUACCAAGAUCCGCACGUGGUACGCCGAUCGCUCGAUGCGCGAUCGCAUCACCGAGGCUGCUGACGAGUAG